AGGCGGGGCCGGGGCUGGGCGGCGCGGGCCGGGAAGCGGUUGUGCUGCCCGGGCGGACCUCCCGCCUCUGCCCGGGCCUCCCCUGCCGGAGGGGCCGAGGGGCUGUCGCUGAGCUCGGCAGGGAGGGCAGGACUGGGGCCGGGCGGACCCUCUGUACACACUGUCAAGUGAGAAGGACCAUUCAAAGUCAAUGUCCACACUCAACUUGGUGAUAAAGUGAAACCCACGUAUUUGUCUGCCUCUCUGUGGAGAGACAUGCACAUGGAGCUGGGAACACUACCUGUCAUCAGAGAGACCCUUGCUACAGUAAAAGCACCUAUAUUCAGAAGUAUGGCUACUGGAUUGAUUCAUUUUCCAGCCUGCAGUUUGUGUCUGAAGGGCAAAGAUCCAGUGCCUGCAUUUAUUGCUCGAAGAUGGAGGGCUCAGCAGGGCCUGGAGGCUCUUCAGCAGCUUGCUGUAGCUCAGUCUUCUCUUCAGAUACCUCAGAUUGUGUAUGAAGAUCCUGAAGUUGAUGGAAGGAAUCGCUACAAAUAUUUUGUACACACUCUCUCUGAUAAGCCGCUUCCAAUAAAUGUUCCCUUAGAUGUUGCUUAUGAAAUAACAAAGACAGAGCCAUAUGUUGAUUCAGCUACAAAAGACAGCCACGUCUUUGGCCCCAAGUUCCGAACUUUGGGUACUCAAACAGAUUACAGGGAUGGUGAAGCCCAGACAGAUCCCUAUUCUCCUGAAUAUAUAGUUCACGGUGGCUCAGUCCCCGAACUUCUGACUCUUGCUACACUCACUUGGGGCCGGGGGCUACCAGCAGGACUAGAAGAGAUGGAGAUAAUUGACCGCGCCCGGGAAAAACGUGCAUGGGAAGCAUCUCUUCCACCCAUGGACAGUCCCUCAAACACCGCGAAGAGGUUGAAAAUGAUGGAGGAAAUGGAAAGGAAGGAAUGGGCCUUUAGAGAACAGGAAAUAGAAAAGUUGCAGAAGGUUCGACUGGAAGUCUUAAAGAGGAUGCUGCGGAGGCGAGAGGAGAAUCAGAAUAAGGUGGAUGCCAAGCGCUUGUGUGACUACUGGCAAAAUCGCCAGAGGGCUAGAGAAGAGAAAAUAAAAAAGAUUCGGCACGACUGUGCAUUGAUGCUCAGGAAACUGAUAGCUAACAGGAAGAAUAUGAUGGGAAAGCUGGAUAGACGAGAUAUCAUCAAAGAAUAUACUGACUUUUCAUCAGAAACAUAUGCACCUUUGUCUAGAAUUGGGUUUUUCCCAGACAACAAUUUUUCUGACUGCUAUGUGGUGAAAAACUUCUAUCUUAACACCUUUGCAGGAUUGUGUGAACUGGAAGCAUCUCUCCCAGAUUCUGUUAUCCAGCUCAAGAUUAAAGCUCCAAAACCUAAGUGCAUUAUCACUAAGACUGGCUUUAUUAGAAGGUCAGCAAGGCUAGAGGCAGAGCUGGCACAGGUUCACCAGGCACUACUGGAGAAGAAGGAUAAAGUCGAGGAGCCAAAGAAGCCCAUCCGUGGCCCUGAAAAAGUAGAAGAGCCUAUUCCUAAGCCACCCACUCUAAUUCUGGAAAAACCAUCAAUUGAGGAAGAGGAAACAGAACUGGCGGUGAUCUGUCUGCAGAAGUUGCUCCGAGGGAGGGCUAUUCAGAACAUGAUGUUUGAAGGGAAGAAGAAGCGACUGGAUCUGAUCCAAGAGCUGCGCACCACUCACGCACUCCAGGAGGAUGGGCAGCUGCUCUUGAAGGCAGAGGAGCAAAGGAUCCUGGCUCUACAGCAACAGCAUGAGUCACAAAUGCACAAGCUGUCAUCAAUGGAAAAGGACUUGGCCACGGUAGAAGGAAGGACACUGGCGAACAUACUUGAUUUUCUGUCCAAAGAGCUGGUGAGGCUGCAACAAGAACGGAAGAUCCAUGCUGUGGUCAUGCUGGCUGAGAGGCAGAGGCGGAUGCGGGAAGCAGAGGAGAGCGGACGUCGUCAGGUGGAAGAGAGGCGGCGUCAGGAGGAAGAUGAGAUUUUCAAACAGGUGGUGAAGGUGCAGCACAGAACCAUUGAUACCUACUUGGAAGACAUUAUCCUGAGUAGCAUGCAGAGGGCAGCUGAAGAACAAGCCAGGGAAGAGGUUCAGAGAAGGGCUGUAGAAAUCAAUGACAUUGCUUAUGAGCUGGAAAGUCGUCGAACUCGCCUACAGUCCGAAGAGAUUGUAGCAGAGCUGGUUUAUGAUUUCCUGAUUCCAGAAGCUGCGAAAAGUGCUAUGAGAGAAAGAGUGAGGCAGUCCCAAAGAAAACACAUCUACGCUGCUCAUCAGAUCAUCCAUGGGGGCACAGAGGGGGUUUUGGCUGAUCCGGCACUGCAUCGGGAGACGUCUGCCAGCAGGAUAGAGGGAGAUCCUCCUGCUGGGACAGCCGGCACUGCUGUGAGUGGGACAGCUGCUGGACCAGGGGCAGCUGCCACAGUUGCACGUGAACUAGAUAAACUUCUGUGCAAAGAAAGCAAGGAUCCCACAGCCUCCUAGAGAUAGAAGAUGCGUGAGAGCACCCAGAAUGGAAAAUCCUCUCUCUCCUUUGGGCUUUCCUUCCUGAUGCCUGCCAGCAAUGUUGUCCUGGAGCCACUCUGUAUACAUUUUGGUGUGGCAGCUCCCUCCACUCCCUCCCCAGCUUGCUUUGGACUUUAUUAGCUCAUUUUCCUCUUCUGAUUAUUAAGAGAAGCUUGACUGAGAAAGCAGUGUUAGCACUCUUUGUUUGUUUUCCUGGCACAGACCAAUAAAAAUCUGCACCUGGGCUUUUGAUGGUACUUCCUUGCAUCAAUAACAUUAAAUGAAAAAAUACUCCAUCAGUGGGAAAUUUUCAGUUGAGACCAUACACAGUCAAGCAUGUCCCACUGAUUUCCUUAGUGGUGUCGGGCCAAGUGGCUUCCUGCAUUAGCACAGCUAUUGAUAAAGCAUUGGAGGUGAAUGAAAACGGUCAGAUUUUGCAUCAUCUUUUCACAUAAUUAGUCCUUGCAUAAAGUGCCUUUGACCUCAGCAGAGUGGUUCCUGCCAAGCAGGCAGUGUCUGGUACUAACAGUUAAGGCUAGGUGAUAGCUGAAUGACAUGGGCAUAGAGGGGCUGAUGUAUUUUCCAGAAACAGUACUCUUUGGACUGACCUCUUGCUUUUUAUCAUCCCGAAGGAGAACAAUUCUUGAAAGAAUCUUAGUUUUCUUAGAACAGUAUUAGUCACUCUGGCUUUCCAGCUCCAGGGGGCCACACAGAAAGGAUGCUGGCUUUGCCAUGUUUGCAAGCACGGGGGUGCUCCAGCUGAGUAUGUCAGAAAGCAGCAGGCUGCAGACAGGCACGGUGCAUCUGGUCAGAGAGCUCUCAGGGCUCGCUGAGCUCUUCAGCACUCACCUGUCAAAAUUCUCGAGGUCUGUGGCUUUAGCACCUGAGAGGUACAUUUGCACCAAUACCAGUGUCAGAUGCACGUUUUGGAGGAGCAGGCACCACACCCAAAAUGCUUACUCAUUGAUAGCCACAGCUUACACAACAAACGGCAGUAUUAGCCCUCACUGCUAAUGGGAUAACUGGCUCAUCUCUCCCUGCUUCCAUCAUUUCUCAGUGAUGGAUCCUUGUGCUGGGUCUGUAAAGUUCAGGUGGGCUCCAGCUAAUCCUGACCAUGGUGCUGCUCCUACAAAACACAAACCAGCAGCUGGUCAAAAAUUCAGGCUUAUUAGUGCAUUCCUGAAAAAAUUUUGCAUCAGGUUUUUGUUUUGUGGAUUGGGCUGGGGCAGAGUACAGGGAAAGGAAUUACAGGGAGGGGAGAGAAUACCCUGUAUUACACUGGGCUGUAAAUAACAGCUGGAGAGAGGAAACUCAGAGCUGCACCAAAACAUUGCUGGUCUUCAAGUCACUGAACCAGGGACACCAAGGGGCUGGUGAGGUCAGGCAGCCUCUGUAAGUAUUCCAACUUCUGGCAGGAGUCAGAGAUGGGUGAUAAGUUUUGGUUAGGAUUCUACGAGGGUCAUCCCAUUAGGGACUGUGGAUUUGGAACAAUUCUCAUGGCACACACAGGUAGUCAGUAAAAGGGAAGGUUGCAAAUGCAAAAAUAUAGAACGAAACACUCCACAGUGUGGGAGGAGAAGCUGUGCAGGGAUCGGCUCUGUUGCCUCAGGCCACCUUGGACAAAUUUAGCCUAGUUGAAAGGGGGGUGGGGGAUGGAUACCAUGAAUCACAAGAUCCAGUGUAAUAGGAGAGACAUGGAAAACGAUGCAGCAGAACAGUAGAACAGGAAGACCAAUCCAUUGAGGCAUUUGCUGUAUUUCUGAAGGGAUCUCUUGAGAUAAACAUUCUCUAUGUAGCUCACUGUACAAUUUGACACGGUUUUAAAAAGUUAAGUAUUCCAACAGGUGUGGGAAGGGACGGAGGUUUCAGGACUCUGCUCUUCUGUAGGGAUGCAGCCCUCUGCAUGACAACAAAGGGGGCAGGGGACUCCAGAUGCUGUGCACAGGCUGAGCUAUAAAUGUCUUGGCUUCUGUUAUGAUUUAAGGGACACCAUCAGAGUAAAGCCAUCUUUUCCACAUGACAUUGCCUAACAUGUAAACUGAAGGCCACAGCAGGAUUCCUGCAGGAAACUUUCCUGUAGAAACUGCUUUCAAUUGUCAUGUGUGGGGGGUUUUUUUCAAGCUUUGCAGAAUAUACUUUGAGAAAGAAAACGAGCACAGUGAGAGGGAAUUGGGAUCAUAAAUCAACAGCAUAAGAAUGCACCAUUCCCUCUCCUAGCAGGAGACAGAACAACCCUGGGGAGGAGCCCUACCCAAAACAGACACAGCAGAUGCCUCCAGGGCUGCACCAAUACAGUGGAAACACAAGGAAAAUUCAGCUUGUCCCGCUUUUCUUUCACCAGCUGCCCAUGGAAAGGGAGCCUGGCUGUGCUGCUCUGCUGGCUUCUGCCUCCUGGCAGGUGGGGGAGACAGGCUGAACCAAACGGGCCUCUGGGGUCACUGCACUGUGAGAAUGGUGAAAAAUCAGUCUCUUUGCAGUAGAUGAAUGAAUGCAAAUUGUCUCAGGGCUUCCCUGCUGGUAUGGCUCUUGUGAUGUGGAAGGAGGAAAUCCUAUUAUGCUAACUACAGUUCAGCAGAAAGGACUUUCAGUAGGAGAGCUGGAAGCUGGUACACACACCUUUUUCACUGGACAUGUACAGUAUCUGCAUUUCUGUCAACAUAAAACCACACCAAGCCCACACUCUCCCACCUCUCCUGCCUCCCUUAAAAGCAACAUGACCAUCACAAAAGUUGCUGCCAUAGACCUGGAUGUGGUGCUGUUAAAAGAGUUCCUGCCACUUUCUUAGCACUGCUGUUCUCUCUGUUCCUGGUCUCACAAGCACACAGGAUCUGCCUGGUACUUCAUUGGGCUCAAUUCAGCCCUCACACAAAUUCUUUUUUGGGGGUGGGAAGGGGAGAUUAACCCUGCAAGUAUGGUCCUCGCAUGCCCAAGGCUUUUAACAAGGUCCAGUUGCACUACUACCAACUACCUCCUCCCAGUCCUGUCUCCCUGCUUCCACCAAAAUCCUAUUCUUGCAGCUUUCCCCGUGUUUUUAUGAUUGGUGAAUCAGUAUCUUCCUUGUACCCACCAGCCUCCUCACCACAAAGCCUUCCUGAGUCAGGGUUGGGCUUGGAAGAGGUGCUGUUGUUUCCUAUGCCUGCCCUCCACCCCACCAGAGAGGCAGGAAUUGGUUUGAACAUCUGCCAAAACUGCCAAAUCCCUUAGACAUAAUGUGUAAACCUGGACUAGUAAAUUCAGUCUUCCUGGAUCCACCCUGGACUAGCAGAACUAGCAAGAAAAGCAUCUCGACAGACACUGUUUGCAUGAGAAAGAAAAUCCCCGAGGGCCAAUGGGAAGGGUGUGUGCUGACACCCAUGGAGGAGAGGCAGCUCUGGCUCUCUGCUCCAAUCAUGGAAUUCAUUCCCCUUUGUUUUUCAUUUUUUCCCACACGCUGUGUCAACCCCAUGCACCUUUUCCUCCACCUCUCAUGGCUGGAGUCCAGGCCACUUCUCUUGGCCUCUUCCCAUGCGCCACAUCCCAAUACUUCAUGUAGCACUCGGAAAGGAUGUCCUGUUCCCAUUUCCUUCCUGGGCUGCUUACCUGUAUCCACAUGUGUUGCCUGGCUCAGCACACCAUCCCCAACAGACCCGAGAGCUGUGACUGCUCCUGCAAACACUCACCGUUGUGGCUGCCCACUUGUCUGUAGCUGGUUGGACCCUUCGCGCAGCCCGGCCGGCUGAGAUUUAUCACAACCAGUUUACCCCAGUGGGGAACUUUCAUGGUGACCUGCACUCCUUGCCUGUCCUGGAGCUCCUCAGUCAGUGCUGGGCAUGGGACUGUUGGUCCUUUUCCGUGGGGCAGUGGCUGGAAGGAUGUGGCGCUACCUCGAUGCAAAUUGCAGCGAGCGAGUGGCAGCUGCGCAGCAAGGACCCGAUGCUACUGCUCCUGGUGACAACGUCACCACUGAGCGUGAGCAGCACCAGUGCCCUGAAUACAGAUGCAGAAAGAAGCCUGAAAUAUUUAACCAGUGCUUUUAUGUAGCCCCUGAACUGAGAAUGCACUGCACCUUCUCCUAAAUACCCUUCUUGGCCAGUGGCCUCUCGCUCACCCUUUGACAUCACAAGCAUUUGGAAAGCAGCUGCUCCCACCAGCAUUCCAAGAGACUGAAAAGCUGCAUUUGCUCCUCUCUCCUUAAGUUGCUGCAGGAUUGAUCCUAAGAAAGAAUCUCCCUUUUGUUUAUUACUGAGCCAGUCAUAGCCAGCCCUUCCCUGUAAAGCCUCCUGAAAACACCAUGUUGAUUCCUUACCUGUUAAAACCUUUCCCCACCUGCCAGUGUAAUUUUUCUGCCUCCAGCCAAAUGCAAACCAUUUUUAUUGCUGUCUGGGCCCCAAAUCUGUUGUCUCCAGCAGAAACAGCUUCCACUGACCAACCUGUUCCUAGGCCUGGUGCUAUGAGACAAAAAUCUUAAAAGAGGAAUGAAGUAUAACUGAGAUUGUCCAAAGACUUCUCAGCUGGAGUAUUCACCCAGUAUUCCCUUUUCCGAAGGCUGGUCACAAACAUCAGCAUCCAAAACAACUCUCAUUGAGUAAAAAUGCUCUCAAAACAACCUGGGUUUUGCCAGUAAGCACCAACUUCCUCCUGAACACUCUGGCCUGGCAAAGGAUUUCGUUACAGGAAUGAGCUGCAAAAGAGAUGAGAAGGAGGAGGAGGAGGGCAUGGCUGCUGUUAUGCAGUAGCAAACAAUCAUAGAAUUGUUUAGGUUGGAAAGGACCUCUAGGGUCCCCAAGUGCAACCAUUAACCCAGCACUGCCAAGCCCAUCACUAAACUUGUGUCCCCAAGUGCCACAUCUACAUGUCUUUUAAAUACUGCCAGGGACGGUGGGUGACUCCACCACUUCCCUGGGUAGCCUGUUUCAGGGCUUGAUAACCACUUCCAUGAAGAAUUUUUUACCUAAUACCUGAUCUAAAUGUCCCCUGGUGCAACUUGAGGCCGUUUCCUCUUGUGCUGUUGCUUGUUACCUGGGAGAAGAGACUGACCCCCGCCCCUCACUACAACCUCCUUUCUGGUAGUUGUAGAGGGCAGUAAUGAGGGAGCUGAUGGGCUGGUGAGAGCAGGGUGAAUACCUCUUGCUCCCUCUCAAGCUCACAUGCUGUUCCCACUGCACGCAUGACCCCACCUCACCCCCUGCAGCCCCAGCCUCCCUCUGGCAAGACCUGUCGGGCGUCUGGACCCUGUGACCAGUCAGCAUUUGGAGGUGGUGUAAAGCACAGGGAGUUCAAGCAGGAAGUUACAGUGAACAAUCCUAUUUUAAGUCACGGGUUCACCAGUUUUUAAAAACUUUGCUUAGGGAAAAAAUCCACCAACCAAAAUCCAACCCAAACCCCUCAAUUCCUCUACUUAGCAAUCCAUUACAUUCCAGGUUCCCAGGGCCCGCCAUCAUACACAGGGCCCAUGGUUCCUCUGCUGGGACAGGUGCUUGUGCUCUGCCAGGCAGCUCUGCCUGGGGACAAGGGUUUGUUUGCCCACGGGCACAUUUUGUCACUCUGUGGCAAGCAGGGGGGCUCUGCAGGCUGCCCUGGACUUGGGCAGGCUGCCCCACUGCAACUCUCCUGACAGAGCACCCUGGUUACAAACGCUCUGCUGCAGCCACUUGCAAGCUUCCACAAGGGAAGAGGUUGUUCAUUCCCCACUUACCUUGUCAUGGAGGACCCAGCCUUACUUCAGGAGUAUGGGAGCAGAGACAGGUGAUGCAGAGAGCAGGGAAUCCCUGGAAGAGAAGGCUUUAACUCCACUGACUGCACAGGAGACCUACUUGACUGCAUGCAUACUCAGAGGGCAAUAGGAUACACGAAGAAAACAUCUGUUCCAGGACAUCAGGACUUAGCUCUAGUGCAGCAAGAUCCAGGGCUGCAUUCCUGCAUUGACCAAAGGCAGGUGUUUGCCAUGAAAGUCCAGCUCUCCCUUACAGCCCAGACACUCGUGUGCUGUCUCUUGCGACGAGCACAAGCAGGAGUUUGUUUGGGGGACUGGUCUCUGCUCCAAACACUUGGCAUUGUAUGACUCUCACACCCAGACUGGAGCUUGGAUUUCCUGCUGUGCCCCGUGAGGCAUUGAUAUUUACACACCUUCCUGUCCUACAGACCUCAGAUUUGGCAGCAGCUCAGGUCUGACCCCACAGCCUUUGUGCACAACUGCUUUAGCUAAGCCAGCAGUGAUGGAGCAGCCCUGGCCCUUGCCAGGAACACCACCCUGCAAGACUAGUGAAGGAAGACAGGACAACAACCCAGCCAAGCCCUUCCCAGAGCCAGGGGAGGGAAGCAAGGUUCAAGACUGGCUAAUGAAGUUGUGUACCAUCUGCUGGGCUCACAGUCUCCAAGCAACUGGACUUGGAGCUUCACACACAAACUGCAGUGCUCCUGCUCUCUCUCCCGUCCAUAGUUUGUGGCUCACUUCCCUCCUCCUCCUUUGUGGUUCUUGUUCUUCUCCCACAGAAAGCAAAUUGGACCUUACCACCAGCAGCCUGAAAGCUGCCACCUUCCAGAUAACAAAUGGUGCCAGUAGCCUUGACACUGACUUUUAAUUCCAACGCAGAUGGCUGGCAGUUCAGUCGAUAAAGACAAAGCACAUCAGUGGAGCAGACUUUUGUACCGCAUUCAGCUUGGUCCUGCUUUGCGCUUGGAUUAGCAUUUUAAGUCAUUCAAAGGCGUUGGUGACCAACAACUAAGUGGAUUUGAACCUGGUUUGCAGACAGGUCUCGAGCAGUAUUUUCUCACGGGGAACAGCGACAGAAUGACCAUUCCCUGGAAGGUUGUGUGGGGGACUGGCUCUUGAUGCAAACGUGUUUUAUUACAUCUUUUAAAAGGGUGACUGGAAUAUAAAACUCUAGGAGUCCUGUUGGCAAUGCUUGCAGGGGUUACAUUAGGAGGGAUUGAUGGAUAAACUGGACAACAGCAGGCUCCUCACAGAAAGGCGAAUGCAAUACUUAGGGAAGGAGAUAGACAGGCAACAGCUGCAAGAUGCUCUCUAGUGCCUUUUUUUGACACUGGGGAGACUACUGAGGAAACCUCUGUCUGUUUUUGGUACCUACUGCUUAAGGAGGGUCUUAAAAACAAUGGCAGAGGAGAUACAAUUGGAAAUACUACAAAGAUACAAAGGAUCCCCUUCUAGUCAGCUUAGCAAGAAGUUAUGAGGUGUUUGAGUCCUGGUCAAGGGGCUCUGACAUUCAGAAGAGAGACCUGAGACUGAAGCUGAGGGUUGCUGUGCAAAAAACUGCACAUAAAAAGAGCACCACAUCUUGCAUUUGUGGUGAGAGAAGUUCAGAAGAGACAGGAGGCCUCAGGGUAUGUGAAUCUAGAAAAGUGCCCAGGGAUGACUAACCACCACCCCAAAUCACUGAGGAUUGUGAUGAACUCCCCAUCAGAGGCAAGCUUUAAAUCAAUAAACUCACCUAGAGAGGUGCUGUAGUUCAGGCAGUGAUGCUUUUGCAGGUGUAACUGGCCACCUUUAACGCCAGGGACCAGACAGGCCGAGCAGAGCAGCCCCAGUCUCACCAAAUGAGUUGGAUGCAGCCCCAACCCUGGUGACCUUGUGGGACCAAUGUAAGUGAAGGGACAGCAGCCACUGCUUACCUGUGUUGUUUCUGGGGUGGCCAGGCUGUUGGUGGCAGCCUGGCCCCCUUAUCCUGGUGACCCAGAGGAGCAGGGGCUGAACAAACCAAGCCCCAAGCCCAUGUCAGGGAGCUGGGGGGGACUGGCACCUGCUUCAAGGGCGGUUUCAGCACCCAGGAAGGGCGGGAACAGCCCCCAAACUGCACAUAUCAGCAAUCCGAAGAGGAUUGCAGGGUAAGGCAACACUUACUGUGUGGACUCCUCACAGACAGGGACUGUCCUGUCCCUGCCAGCUGUCUGGGGCAGGGGAAGCCUCGCUCUGCAGGAAGCACCAGACUUCACCCCCUCAGUCCUUUAAGGCACUGACCAGACUCGCACUUCUCCAGUCCUGGCUGAAUUUGCGCACAGGGCCCUUUCCGCUAAACCAAAGUCUCUCUUCCGAGCAGCUAUCUGGAGGCAUCUGUCCCUGUGUCUCUGAAGUGUGGCCCUUCCCACCCACCUCUCACUUCUGGAGGGGCUCCGGAGUGGAGGCUCCAGCCUGGAGCCCAGCAGAGGUUUUGUGGGGACAACCGCGGCUUGUGGCACACAAACAAACCGAGAGGAGCCUCUUUGCAAUAUAAAUUUGUUUUUAUUGAAGCAGCAGUCACAUGACCUCGCAUCUAGCCUUUAGGAUAGCGACAGAAUGGAUUCGGCCAGGUCAGCCAGCCCAAAAAAGGUUUUUUUUUUUUCUUUUUUCUUUUUGCGCUAAUAGACAUGUCAUGUUUAAUACAUACAUUAUCCAGUACCGGAAACCCAACUCAGAGAUAGCUACGUGCUGAUUUGCUGGAGGAACGGUCCACUGGACGUGGUCUCAACAAACUUUACAGAUCACCACCAAAUAACAUUACUAAUGGGAUCCAAUGAUUAAAAAAAACAACCCAAACAACCAUGAGUGCAGGAUUCAAGCCAGCAGUUUACACAGGUUAAGUUUGUAACUAUAGGUGGACGGUAAAGGAAGAUUGGUUGGUUUCAAUUUGAAAUAUUUAUGUCCCAGGGUUCCUCUCUCCAUCAAAUCAAACGGUAUCAUAGACAAGCUGGCAUCUCUUGAAAAAUAGCAUGGAAUAACACAGUUCAUUUAAGAAAACAUGCUCAUUUCUUGUGGUUUUUCUUCUAUUAUUACAAAGAUUUAUGUCCACCUAUUCUUGCAGAGUGGAAAGAGGCGUGAGGGUGAGGAACAAGGGUUGGAGAAGGGAGAGAGGAGGAGGAAAGAAAGGGGCAAUUUUUUGAAAUAAAGACCACACACUUGGUAUUUUUUAAAUUUCAUUUCCAGGCUAACCUACUUUUUAUUUAAUGCAAAUUACAGUACCAGUUAACUAUUUCCGAACCGAGUCACACAGAACAAAACGUAUUUACAAGGGGAAUGGGGCGGGGGAAAUAAUAAAACAUUAAGCAUACUUUCCACAAAAAAAGUUUAUAUUUAAAAUGAAAAAAAAAAAAAUCAGUCACAGAGGCAUUCAAGUAGUAAUAAUGUUAUACAGGUUUUGCUUUUCCUUUAAAUCAAGACAGAUUUGCACAAGUGUAUGCAAUAGUUUGUAUACAACCCACAGUCCUUAAUAUAUAUAUAUAUUUAGAUUUCUGUUUUUAAGAUGGAAGUGGUCACGCUAAUUGGUGUGUACAGGCCCAAGUGAUCCAUCAGCAACACAUUAAUGAACGCAAAUUUUACAGGCAAGCAAAUUAUAUAUAUAUAAAUAUAUUUUAUAUAUAUAUAUUAAAAAUAAAUUGAGAAAGACCAACACAAGGAAGCUACUUUUCUCGAGCUAACCCCUUAGGUACUGUUUUCCUUUCCUGUCGUUUUGCCAUUAUUGCAGUGUUGCAAAACGAAGCCAACUACGACCAGAACCGGCCGAGAGCCCCGUGGAAAUCAGCUGCCACCCCAGGGGUACCCGCUGGCAGUCUCCAAAAGGCAGAGCCUGGACCGAAUACCCUACUGUGCUUUUCCUCAUCGGCUUUUCCUUUUUCUCCGCGGUGGCUGAGGUUCCUAGUACAGGAGUAAGAGUCUGACAGGCUGCUUGACUUCUGUUUUUCCAAGUACUGAAAACCAGGGAGGGGGGGAAUUUUAAGUUGCAAGCUGCAGGCACCUGCCAUCAUUUUAGGUAGAGCUUGGCUUCGAAACAAGGGGACAGAAUGUUCAGGGAUCUUUUACCAGCCAAUUUUCUUUUGCAGGUCAUUAUUUUUUUCCCUAGCAAGGUUGAUAAGUUUAAUAUUAAACACCAGUGUGUUGAUCGGGUGCCCACUGAGGGAGACAGACUGCAACUGAGCCCGGCUCAGAGACCCACUCUACAGCAGGGCUGACAUAAGGGACAGAUCAAGACCACACUGGGUUAAAAAACAAGCCCGAAAGAGAGUAAAAGAAGAGAGGGAGACAGCUCUGAGCAGACUGUCACCAACAGCUUGGCAUCACUGACCUUCGUGUCACCAGAAAGAAAGUGCAGCCUCUGCUUCACUGGAAUGAACACGAGAUGCUUCGAAAUAAAACAGCAACCUUUGGUUUGGUAAAGAGUUACGUGUUUUCCCAUUCAAGACAAUCUUAUGUGGAAUACUAACAAGGUAGUAAAACACAAGCAAACUAGUUUUAGAAACAAGGCCUUCGUGCUGGGCACAAGAAAUCAAGAGUCAUGUUAAACUUAUCUCAAGAAAACAAAAGUGACUUCGGGGAGGGAUGUGGGGGAAAAAUAGGGAGAAGAAAGGGAACAGAAAGUCCUCCCAGUAGAAAAAACCACCGCAGUCUCCUACAGCGAUGCCCCUGCUCCCACCGCAGCCAAAUGGCUCCGAGCGCAGCAACCCUGUGGGAUGUGGGGGGUUUCCCUCCCUGGGGGUCCUUUCCGCUCGCUGAGCCCGGCCUCUGCCCUCAGCACAGCUGCAGGGAGGGUGGAAAGGCUGAGCCUCCUGGAAGCUGCUACUGCCCAGAGGGCUUCUGGGCACAGGACUGAGGGGAAAGACAAGCGAAGUCUAAAUGAGCUCUGGGGCAAGUGUCCGAACAAAAUCAGUCACUGCUAGCGGGAGGAGGAAAGGGCAGGGUGGGCAACUUGGAGACUUCCAGAACAAAGCCACGGCUCCAAUGAAAUGCAUGACGUGGAGACGGUUUCCUUUCGUUCCGCUACUGAUCAGGGUAUCACUGAAACCUUACAGCACUCAAAGAGUUAGAAAGCGGGAGGGGGGAGCAAAGAUGCAGGUUUGGGGUGGGAGACAUCGUUAAUAAAGGAGGAGGAGAAAAAAAUAAAAGGGAAAUAAAAUUCAAAAAAUCAUGGAAGCGAAGGCACUCCAAACUAUAUAGAUACACUAUACAUCGCUAGAGUUAUUGUUACAAUAAUACAGGCCGGUACCUACUGUACAGAGUUAAAACUAUAUGGCUUUAAAAAGCUCGUCUACAUUUUGUCUGAUUAUUAAACAGAAUCACUGCCCUGAACGGUAACUUUUUGCUCAUUAAUAACAGUUCCUGGGUCCACAUAUUUACAUACAAAACAAUAAAACUCAAAAUUCAAAAACAACCAAAAAUAAUAAUGUACAAGCUUGAAUUUGGUGAGGAGCUUUGUUUUUGUUGUUGUUUUUUUUUUUUUUUCUCCUGUGAUUUUUUUUUUCUUUUUCUUCCUUAUUUACAAAAAAAGGUUGUUCAAAGACCUGGAUCUAACUUGUAUAAAAGAGUGUGUGAUCCUGCUAUGAUCCUUGAAAACAGAAAUAAAACCAGAGGGGCACCCCUGACCCUCCCCCCCCCCCCCCAACACACACACACGAGACACACACAGACGCCGGCACAGUCACAAAACCAGAGAGAAAUGCUCUUAACUCCCCUCCGCCAGUCCUAAACAAAAAACUGAAAAAGAAAAGCCACAUUUCCUGGCACAAGCAGCAAUUUUUCUUUGAUAGUUUUAUUACUUUGUUUUUUAAAGACUCGGUAAUUUACUGCCUCCAAAGAACAGCGUCUGUGGCCAGUGCUUCAGCAGUCUUGUCUAUACAGCAGAUCCAUACCCUGCCACUGUCCUACUUUUUGAGUCUCCCGCAUGGAUUUGGAUCACUGGGUCAACCAAGCCCCUUCACUUACCUUUCAGGACACUGACUAGCCGAGCGCAUGCGUUAAAGACACUCUUCAGCCCUUUCUAUUAAGCUGCAGGUAAGGAUUUGGAAAGCCUUCUGUUUCUCAACGUGGGUGUGCUUUCCUUUGCAGCCAGCCGGAAUGCAAUGACAGCUAAAAAGCUUUAAAACCUUUUUUUUUGUGUGUGUGCCCAACAGCAAACAGCCGCAGGGUAUAACAUGAGGGUUUAUCGGUUUCACGGUAGGUGGUCACUCACCUCUUCAAACAGCUCCUGCCUCCCCAAAUCCUCCAUGUGUCAGGCAGGAGGGAGAAGGCAGGGCUUUUAUCAGUUCCAGGGGCUGCUAAGAGACAGUUUCCAAAAAAUCCCACGUCAACAGCACAAAAGGUACAAGAAGAAACGCACCGAGCUCGUGACAAAGCCCCUGCUGCCCCUGCAGCGGCCGAGCUUGCCAAAGCCACCACUGCCGGUCACCCCCGGGCCACAUGGAGGUCCGCGUGCUCCCGAAAAGCAACUGCUUGCCUUAGAGAUCCGCAGGUCGGUAACAGCUCGGUAAGCACCAAAGGCGACUACAGUUUCUCUGAAGGAGGAGAUAAGGCUGGAGCGGACACCAACCGCAAGCCUACAACAAGAUCAGGUCUCCAAAAGUCUCGUUUCCGGCCACUCCCCUGACCCUUUCGCGAGGAAUAUUGCUUUGACUUCAGGAAGAGAGACGUGGAUGCUUGCGCCACACGCUGUCGCAGGGAGGAAACCCGGACCCUGAACUGAUGGACUAGAACAAGCAUUCACCUCACACUUCAGUCAGACUGAUUUGAGAUCGUAGACAAAAAUAAAAAAAGCAGUACUGUAUCUAUGUAUACAUGUAUAUAUUUAUAUAAUAUAUAUACACACACACUCAUAGAGCCAGCUUUCCUACAAGUCAGCAGGUACAAAUUACCGUCAAGAGCAUUCGGAUGUGUAUUUUAAUAUUCUAACAUAAUGGCGACGUGGCAACAUGCAUCAAUAAAUAGAGAUCCAAAAAAAAAAAAAAA